AUGCGUGCUCAGAUGCUUAAAAUGCAAAGAAGUAAAUUAAUGAGCAGAGGAAGUACUAUAACUGCACAAAUACAGUCUAGCGAUAUAUUCAUUCCGGGGGUCAGCCCAAUGGUUAUACAAGGGCGAGAGCAAAAUUCUGGGAUUCAGUCUUAUUUAUUCUCGAAUCAAAUUUUAAAAGAAACAGAUUUAAGCGGUAAUAGAGAACUAAGAGGGUUCACUGCACCCAAAAACUUUGUAUAUGAACCUGGUCCUAUAAAGUCUAACCAACCUGAUAACUUGCCAGGGCCUAUUAAGCCUGAAAGAACUGUAUUUAGAGCUGAGGAAGAACUUGAAGAAGUAAAGCUUGAUGAAGGAUCAAGGCAUACACCAAGCAAAACACUCCAAGGAAUCCAUAAGCAGCUUGAAGACCAAAAAAAUCAUCCAGUUCCUUCACCACAAUAUGAAAGACCUGUCCAGCCUCAGUCUGAAAGCCGAUCUUCAACUGCAGCUGAAAAUUUCAUUCCUCCUGAGCCGAAAUAUAUCCCUCUUGAAUCUAAACCCACAAGCCAGCCUGAACAGCAUAUCAAACCGCCAAUAGCAGAGGCAUAUCAACCAAACAUUUCUCCUCAAGAAAAAAUACCUGCUAGGCCAAAUGAUCCUCAAAGACAGCAAUUUUUUGAUGAAAAGCAACAUUAUUCAAGAGAAGAUAGGCCUACUCCUAAUGGACAAGAUGAAAGGCGACCGCCAGAAAAUAGAAUUCCUCCUCCAGAUCCCCGAAAACAACAAAAUGGCAAACCAGAGCCUCCAGCUCCAACACAUCCUCUUAACAGACCAGAUUCUGCAGAUGCUAAAAGGGAGCAAAAUAUUCCUCGACAGCCGUCUGUAAAUAUUCGUGAAGUCCUAGCCCAAGAAAUGACUGAUAUGAAGAAAUUCCUGACAAGUCCAAUCACUCGAGGCAUAAUGCUGCAAUGCAAUAUCAGACGAGAAAAGCCAGGAUUUGGCAGAUUAUACGCAAAAUAUUAUUUUCAUAUCACAGAUGGCAUGACAUUUCUGCUGGCUGGUAAAAAGAGAGGAGGAAACCGAACCUCAAACUAUAAUUAAUAUAAAAUAAUUGGCUUAUUAAGAAAAUAAAUAAAAUAGCCUGAUAUUUAUUAUAACGAAUCAUAUAUGAUUACAAGUAACCAAAGAGAAUUUUCAGUAAAAUCUCCUGCAUACUCAGGCAAAGUCCGGUCAAAUUUCCUUGGAACGGAAUUCCAUAUCUAUGACACUGGCAUGAAUCCAAAACAUAGAGGUGCUAAUGCUAUGAAUGCAAGAGAAGAAUUAGCAAUUAUUUUAUAUGUAAGCAUCAUUUAGCAAUCAAAUAUCCUGGGUUCAAAAGGACCAAGAAAAAUGAGAGUUUUGAUACCAGCUGUAAAUAAUGCAGGAGACCAUUGUGUCUGAAAGCCAAUGAACGUAAUAUUUACUUAGAAAGAAGACGGGAUGCUUCAGCAAUAUAAUGCGGGAAAUACAUCAGGGAUGCUUUGCUUCUUUAAUAAGCCUCCGAAGUGGAAUGAGCGUAAAUUAUAAGCAGAUGUACAAGCUUUUGUGCUAAAUUUCAAUGGCAGAGUUGAUAUAGCCAGUGUAAAAAAUUUCCAAUUGAUUGAUGAUAGAGAUGAAAAUAAAAUUUAUAUGCAGUUUGGGAGGUGGGAGAUCAAAAUUUUAAUUUAG